AUGGAUCCCAACUUCAAUGGUGUGUGGAGCGCCUCCGAAAUAGAUAUGGUGAAGUCAUUCAUCGCUAGUCACAACACCAACAACACCUACACAAAUGACACAAACAAGAAGCAAAGUGACAUUGUUGAUGAGCUCCAAGAAAGGUUCCCAGGCAAAGAGAAGCAUCAGAGCAACAAUCAACAAGUUGUGGUGAGCAAUGCUCUUGUGAAUGAUAACUUUGGGAUGCCAACGGAGGAUACAAACAUGGACAACAUGUUUCAUGGUUAUAUACUAGAUGAUGUGGAGGCCAUGAAGAUGGUAGAGGAACCACCGCACAAGCUGAAUAUUGUUCCAAAGAAAAGGAGGCAAAACCCAGUGAUAGCUUGGACUCAAGAUGAGCACAAGAAUUUCCUCCGUGGCCUAGAAGUGUUUGGCCGUGGUAGCUGGAAGAACAUAUCUAGGUACUUUGUCCCUACAAGGACGCCAAUCCAGAUCUGCAGCCAUGCACAGAAGUAUUUCCAUAGGAAGGAGUGCACCACUAGGAAACAACGCUUCACCAUCAAUGAUGUCGGCCUCUAUGACACAGAGCCACGGGUGCAAAAGAACUCUUCUAGUUUGGAGGCUCUCGCCUUCGGUCGCAGUGCUUACAACACAAAUUAUUAUGACUUUGAGGGACAACACACUGUCUUGAACAAACUCGCACAUGCUAGCCAGGAGAGCAGUAGACAAGUUGCCACCUGGACUAGAGGUCAGCACAUAAUAGGCAGUUCAUCCAUAGAUCCAACUACGGUGCAGACUAACUCUCUUGGAUGGGAAGCGCUCGCCUUCACUAGCAGUGCUAACAACAUAAACUAUUAUGAGUUUGAUGGACAAUAUGAUGCCAUGAACAACCUCGCUUGUGCUAACCAGGCGAGCAAUAACCAAGUAGCCACUUGGACUAGAGGUCAACAGACAACAACUAGUCCUUAUGUAGCUCCAAUGACGGUGCAGAAUACUUCACCUAGCUGGGAGGUGCUUUCUUUCGCCGGCACUGCUUACAACACAAACUAUUAUGACUUUGAUGGACAACAAGUUGCCUUGAACAACAUCACCAAGGGGCAAUCAUGGUGA